AUGAAGAUCUCAACAUUCAUUACAGUUGCGGUGCUGAGCGCCGUUGGCGGCGCAUCGCCUCCACCACCACCACCAGGCAGCCAUUCUCCUGGAGGACCCCUCGUAGUUGGCAGUUCUAGCAGCGCUAAGACUGACACAUUAGCCGCUCAGGGUGCGCGAAACCUCGCAAAAUACCUCCGGGCAAAUGGCAACGCGAGCGCAACUUGUACCGAGCAUAAUGUAGUAGUCCGACGAGAAUGGUCGACUUUCAGCCCCAAGGAAAGAAAGGAAUACAUCGCUGCUGUUCAAUGUCUAACCACUAAGCCCUCAAAAACACCAUCAUCUGUAGCACCUGGCGCGAAAACUAGAUAUGAUGACUUCGUAGCGACACACAUCAACCAGACCCUAUCAAUCCACGGAACUGGAAACUUUCUUACAUGGCACCGCUACUUCACCUGGGCAUACGAGCAGGCGCUGAGGAACGAGUGCGGCUACCAGGGUUACCAGCCGUACUACAACUGGCCGAAAUGGUCUGACGACCCUACCAAGUCCCCCGUUCUAGACGGCAGCGACACAAGCAUGUCUGGGGACGGCGCGCCUCUGCCCGGGCGCAAUGCCACAUGCAUUCCAUCCAACAAUCUUUGCCAAAUCAGUCUCGCACCAGGAAAUGGCGGAGGCUGUGUACAGUCUGGCCCAUUCAAGAACUUCACGGUCAACCUCGGCCCCGUUGCUCCCGCUCUCGGAGACGUAACCCCCAACCCCUCCCCCUCCGGCCUAGACCACAACCCGCGCUGUCUACGCCGCGACAUCUCCCGCCUUGCGGCCUCCACCUGGUCCACCGACGACCAGGUCUCCACCCUCAUCACCAAUUUCACCGACAUCGCUUCCUUCUCGACCCGUAUGCAAGGCGACUUCCCCUCCGGCUUUCUCGGCGUGCACACCGCGGGCCACUUUACGGUCGGCGGCGACCCCGGAGGUGACCUCUUCGCAUCGCCCGGCGAUCCGUUCUUCUAUUUUCACCACGCGAUGAUUGAUCGUGUGUACUGGGUAUGGCAGAAUCAGGACAUCGAGAAGAGGCUGUACGCUGUGGGGAAUACGAUUACGCUGAACAACAUGCCGCCGUCAAGGAAUGCGACACUGGAAGAUCAGAUCGACUUGGGGAGCGUGGGGGUCCCGGUGGUGACGAUUGGGGAGGCGAGUAGUACGCUUGCGGGGCCGUUUUGUUACGUGUAUGCAUGA